AUGAAAGUUUUGGCACUCUUAUACGCGGCAUAUCUACUAGGAUUUGGCUCUUGUGAAGAUGAUAAGGUUAUAGAAAUACAACCAUUGACAUAUACAACUAUACUGUCCAGACAAAUCCUAGAUAUUGCCAGAAUUAAUACCUCUACUUUCACAGUCUAUCAAUGCAACGACAACGGGAAUGAGAUUGUCUUUGUGGUUCCUAAUAAUGGUGUAAUUGUAACAACGAUCAUUAACAAUGACGUUGGCAUUUGGUCUCCACAACAAAGUGAAAAAUUUGAUUAUCUCAAAAUAUAUCUGAAGCACGGUCAACCACAUCUUCUGUAUAUUAUGAAGACGAGCCUUAACUUCUCAAAUUGUAGAUGGUACGUAAGGAAUAAAGAUAAAUGGGAAUGUUGUUCCAAAACGUAUAAUGAACAUAUAGAUAAGUUGAAGAUUCCUUUAGAAAGGACAUAUGCCUUCACGUUGGACAUUGAGAAUGGUACAGAUACAACAGAAUGCCAAAUAUUUGAUAUUAAAUUAGCUGGAGCUCCAAUGAGACUCUUUUUCUCUAAAUCAGGCUAUUAUUCUGAUGAAGUUGUCGAUGGACAAAAACUCAUCUGGAGGGCAGAGAGAAAUGAAAAGUGUAUAUCAUCUGAUGUUUAUUUAGAGAAUUUUCGCCCUGUAUUAAUUAUCAUAUUUAUUAUAAAUGAGAAAGGAGAGGACGAAUAUAAACAUCUGAAGAAGACAUAUGGAGAAUGGUAUUAUUUAUCUCGAGAAGAUUUUGAGACUGAGAGAGAUGGACUCCGGAAUUAUCAUCCAACACGUAUGGAAAUGAUAGAAAAACUUAUUGUGGAUGAAGGGAUAGUAUCCUGGAACAAUAUUUUUGACAAGUUGGUGGCAGGCCUUCGGACAGCAUACCAAUAUUCAUAUCUCAUGCUUUCAAGGUUUUACAACCUGAGAAAUUUAAGGUGUUCGAAUAAUACAACCGAGUUGAAUGCUACAGUUUGCCAAGAACUUGAAAGUGUUGUUGUAUAUACGCACAAUGUAGGAAAUUCAUAA